UGCAACCCUCUAAGACGUUGCUCAUGUUUUCACAUCUUUCAUUCCAGUCGUGAGAUGUCUGAGAGAAACAACACGAGUGCGGGCAUUGUGUACUAGAGCUAGUGAUUCGUAGGUGCACGUGCUACUGAGCCUAGAUGAUCACGGCAUCUUCGCCUAAUCAUUCCUAAUUUUUGUCCAAUGGCAUAAUUUUGAUUUGUUUUGGGUCUUUGAGGAUCGGCGGCCAUGCAUAAUCGGUAUCCGCCCCAGCCCGGGGGUAUGUAUCAGCCCCAGUACGGUGCGCCUGCGGCUUCGCAGUUCCCGGUACUAUCUUUCUACUAUUUCUCUCCUCUACCAAAACGCACUAAAAUGAGAGCUGGAUCUACUUCGAUUUUACGUGAUUUCCAUUUUUUGAGUGUGCAAAAUGUAUCCUAUCUCAAUAUCUUUCAAGAUGAACACAAUAUUGACGUGUAUCAAAUUUAUACAGCAACCCGGGCAGUACGGAGGAGCGCCACAACAAUUUGGUCAACCACCGGUUCCGGGGCAGCAGUAUGGAGCUAUGCAGCCCCCUCAGUAUGGGAUGCAGCAGCCACCCCCGCAAUUCGGUGGACCACCUCAGGCUCCGCAAUAUGGCGCCCCGCAACCGCCCCAGCAGUCGCAGUAUGGUGCCCCACAACCCCCACAGCAACCACAAUAUGGCGCCCCACACCCACCACAACAACCGCAGUAUGGUGCCCCGCACCAACCCCAUUACGGAGCCGGCCAGCAAUACGGUGCCCCCAUACAGCAACAGUACAAUCGCCCGGCUGCCGCGACUCCCGCUGGAGGUAAACAUUUUUUCUCAAUUCGCUCCUUCGAAAACACUUAGCAUGUUGUGAUAGACAAUCUACAUCCUGAUUUUGUUAUGUCAUCUAGUAAAAAUCAAAAUAGAGCUUACAAAAAUUUCUAGUCUUCAAUGAUUCUGACCCCAGCACCCGCCGCUGCUCCUGGUGCAGCGAUGGCAGCGCAGCAGCCACAGAGGCCGCAACAGCCACAGCAGCCGCCCGCACCGGUAGCGCCUCCAUUGAAGACACUGCAGCGAUCAGCCGUCGCAGCAUGGUGUCCAAGCGCCACUGAACCGUCUCUACUCGCGCUAGGAACUAAUCAGAGUGCCGCACCAAGCAUCUCCGCAGAUUUCACGUACCAAGAGACGCCUUCCAAGCUAGAAUUCGUGCAUUUUGAUCUAAGUCAGCCGCAUGAUCAGAUGACUGUGAUUGCAAGCGUUGAGUUCGAGCAUAAGUUUCUCGCACUCUCAUGGGGCGCAAAGGACUUGGACCCGAACAAGUUUCCUUAUGGUAUUCUAUUUACACAUCUUUACUUUUCAGUACCUGAUAAGCUCGACUUUGUCUUUGUGGUGUAUCAACAAUAUUAAAAAGUUUGGUUUCUCCUGUCGUGCUCGUGCUUAAACUUAGAUAGUAAGUAGAUAAUAUGAUAAAUUGGCAUCCUCUUUCUCAUCCUCACACUCAGGUCUUAUCUGCGCUGCCCACCCUGACGGGCUGGUGAAUAUCUACGAUCCGGCGAAAAUUCUUGGCUCUCACGGAACAGACCGAGGACUCUUAUGGUCCAGCGCAACGGAGAAUGUUUUCAUGGGAACAGGCGUUGUCGCCUUUCACCCCAGUAGGCCGAAUGUGCUUGCAGCAAGCGCGCGGGGUUGCGAAGUGCAAAUCUUCAAUAUUACAGAUCCCACAAGGCCAGAAAUCCAUAAGCAGAGCGGUCAAACUAAGAUGCAAGGCGAAAUCAUCAAUCUCGCAUGGAACAGAAAGGUUUGCUGCAUUAUAUUUCCUGAUAGCUUUCAGUAUUAGUUCAGCCUUGAGGUGUGGAGAUCACGAUAAUUUGAUGACCUACCUAUGUAUUCAUCACAAGUGCUCAUUUCGGCUGAUAGGCCAACCAAAUAAAACUAUAGAAGCAACAAGCAAUUAGCGAGAAUGAAGUAGACCAUCUACAUCACCACGAGCUGCGAAAUAAAGGCAGCAUAAACAAAAUGAAAACGUCAUCUCCAGGUUUCCAACAUUAUCUCGUCGACUUCAUCGAAUGGUGUGAUUGUCAUUUGGGAUUUGAAGACUCGUGGCAUCUGCGCUCAGCUAGUGGACCCGAGCCACCGACAACAUAUGUCUAACGUGCAGUGGUCGCCCGAAAUGGCAACGAAGCUCGUUGUCGCAUACGAUGACGACAGGCUUCCCGGUUUUCAGAUUUGGGAUCUCACGAAGCCCUCGCAUCCUGUCCGAGAAGUAAACCAAGGACACACAAAAGGUAGAUUUUUUAUCGUAGUUCCAAUUAUCAUGAUACCGGCCUAGCUCUAGUAUCCUUUGCCAACCAAGCCUGCAGGGCGACCGCUAUAGUUAUCAACGAAUAAUUCAUGGUUUCUUUCUGCACUUGCUUGUUUUCGACGAUGUUGAAUUUCUGCAAGCGUUCAGGUAUUACGCGUAUUGCGUGGAAUCCUGAAGAUCCGGAGCUGCUAGUGACAACGGGGCGCGACAGCCGCACGAUUUGUUGGGCCUUGGGAGAGACUAGCAGUGCCCACGCUUGGAACGUGCGCGAACCCGAGAUUUUUUGUGAAGUCUCCAAUGUUGCGAACAACAUCGAGCUCGACUGGGCCCCACAUCUGCCUGGGCUGCUCUACGCCGCCUCGCUGACAAAUGGCGUGAACCUGCUGUCCUGCUUAAACAACGGGCAGAAGAGCCGUUACCUCCCGAAGUGGUACGCCAGCCCGAGCCGACAGGCCCAGUGCGGCGGCAGCUUCGGGUUCGGCGGGAAGAUUGCCCACUUCGCGGCGCCGCUGGGAUCGGUUGUGAACUUGCACGUAGUACCGUCAGAACCAGAGAUCGUCGGCGCAGCAGACGCCUUCGAAAACUGGGUUUCGGUGCAGGACUGGCGCGGCUACUGCGAGACGAAGGCGCGGGUGGAGCAGUCGCCCGAAGAGCGCGUGCUCUGGGAGUUCAUCGCGCUGCACAUCGGCGCCGACGAAAUCACGGCGAAACAGCGCAUCGUGGAAAAACUGGGAUACAACCUUUCCGACAUCGCCGCAGCCGCAGAACAAUACUUGGGACACAAGCCCGGAGCAAUCUGGACCACGGAAGAGGACGAAAAGAAACCGGCGGGUGCAGCAUGCGUCUCACCGACACCAGGUAUUAUGUCAUUGAAUCAUGGGAGAAUGUUAGUGUGCUGCUAGAAUGGUAUCGUCCAAUCAAAUAUCGACUUUAAAUGUACUAGUUGCCGUUCGUGUUUUCCUUCUGCAGGAUGAAUACAUACUUAGACUUACAACGUGCAGAUAUAAGGAGAUCCACCAAGCUUGUUUUCGAGAUGGGAAUGCAUAUCUCACUUUGCAACAACACAGCUUUCGACGAUCCCGGUGCCGCCGAGGACUUCUUUGCCUCCAUGGCGCAGAAGGAGGCCCAGAAGCAGGAGGAGGAGACCACCGCUCUGCAGGCCCGCGAGGCAGAAGCCGAGGCACUCGCGAUUGCGCAGCGUGCCAAUGCGGCCGAUUGGUCGCAGGGCCCCGAGUCGUUGAUUCGCACGAACUUCUUGGUAGGAAGCCGUGAAGCAGCUGUCGAGAUCUGCCUGAAAUGCGGACGCGUGGCCGAUGCUCUGCUAAUCGCGUACGCCGAACCGGGACUCUUCGCCAAAGUGCGGGAUGAGUACUUGAAGCGACAAAACGACACGUUCUUAAAUACCAUCAGCUUCGUGGUCGACAACCAGCUGGAAGCGCUGGUAGCGCGCUCGAAUCUCGACCAAUGGAGGGAGACGCUCGCGCUGCUCGCAACCUACGCAACGCGGGAACAGGACUGGCGCUUUCUGUGCGAAAAACUAGCAGAACGUCUCGAGAUGGAAAAGUACGACACAAGGAGUGCGGUGCUCUGCUGCGUCUCCUCGAAGAACUUCGCGAAGACCAUCAGUUUCUGGUCGGCGAUGAACGCUACAACAGCAGGCCGAAGUCCCCACCAGGCCCUGCAGAGCCUUGUGGAGCGCAUGACCGUGUGGUACUCCCAAAACAAUGUCGUUGGAUAUCUCCUUGAUCCUUGAUGUUGAGACAAACUUGUAGAGAUCUCGUAGUUCUACGUCAUCUUGACAUUUAUCACUUCCUUAUAAGUCUCUAUUCCUUAUGGAAUUCUAAGUCUAACAGUAUCUACGUAUUUUCCAACUCUCUUUUAACCACAACCAGGCAAGAUGUGACGGCGUCGCAAUCAGAAGAUGCUCUUUUCACCAUGAAGCUGACACAGUACGCAGAAUUGUUGGCAAACAGUGGCCGCAUGAUGUCGGCAAUGAGACAACUCGCGCGACUCCAGAACGACCCAAGCUCCGCAGUUCUUCGGCACCGAAUUUUCCACGCCUUGUCCCCAGAAGAAGUGCAAAAAGGCGGUUUUCAGACGAGUGGAAUGCCGUUCAAGCCCGUCCACAUCAAAGCAAGCAGCUACGGCGGCGGAAGCUACGCAGCUGGAAGUGGAGCUGCAGGUAAUCUUUCACUCUUUUCGUCAGACUGAGAGACUAGAGCAAAGCAAAGCCUGUCAAAAGUCAAGAACAAACUUGGCAAUAGACUGUAGAUGACUUUACGACUUGGCCAUCACGAGUGACAAAAAACCAGUCGUGAGUAAGAUUGAAGUACCCGUACUGACUAUUGUAAGCGGGAAGCGAAUACUCACAACAUUGCAAACGGUUCAGGUGGAAAGGGUGUUCCCACUGCCCAAGGCACCGCGCCAGGAAUGGGAUGCACAGCUUCGACGAGGCCGUCUAAGACAGUACAACCGGUCAUGCGACAACCACCAACCCCAAGCGCAGGGAAGCCGGCAAUGCCUCCGACUAGCACUCCAUCCGUGCAGCCGCAUGCGCACCAGCAGGGUGCAGCGAAGGGCAUGCCAGUAAUGCAACCCCAAACACCGAUGAUGCAACAGCCGAGCCAGAUGAUGCAGCCGCCGGCAACCCCGGCGAUGGGAGUGGGCAUGCCGCAGCAGCAAAUGAUGCCAGGCGCAUCACACAUGCAAGCACCACCGCCAGCAGGUACUUGUGAUCUUACUUGACGUGCUCUCAACAGUAAAUACCAAUUCCAAUUCCAAACUAGGAGUACAACGAGUAGUUGGAAAAGGUCCUAAAGCAGGUACUGGGGGACAUCAUGAUGCCUUGGUGAGUCAAUGAUUGAUCUUCGUUCAACCUUGUAUCCAUAUCCGUAGGUCCCCCAGGAGGUGGUAUGCAAGCUAUGGGAGCACCAGCGGCACCAGUCGGAGGAGGACGUUCGACGGCGCCUAUGGCUGCGGCUGCGCCGGUAAUUCAGGGCCUUCCCACACCGUGGCCCAUCCCCAACACCACCCAAGCUAGCAUGCACAAUAACGAAGCGACGCAGGGAUUGAACGCACAAGUCAACCAAGGCACCGACCAGAACGUAUGGGUUGCAUCGCCCAACGACGUCGCGGCUGUGCGCAAGGGCAUGGAUAUGCUAUUCGAAAACUACGCCAGUAUCGUCACAGCGAAGCGAGUGCUUGACGACACGAAAAAGAGGUAAAAACAGCGCUCGACUGAUGAGUAACCUAGACCCUCUUCUAGUAUCGGAGAUUUCUUCAUAUUGUGAUACUAUGUAUUUAACAACAAGAACUUUCUGAUACACAAUUUUGGUUUUAUCACGAUCAUGAGUAGGCUUCUUCUGAAAGUAAAAUUACUCAGUUCCUACUUAUUGCAAUUUGACGUUCUUCUGAAAAUAUGGUAAGAUAACGUGCACUAGUACGUAUCUUCGUCUCUUUUCUACAGAUUUCAAGCGAUCUACGAAGGCCUCGAGGGAGGACAACUUUCAGAAGCGACAGGAUCGAAGCUCAUUGAAAUGGCGAACCAAGUCGCGGGAGGCAACCUGCGAGCUGCCAAGGAGAUUCAGCAACAUUUGAGCUCCGGCAACACGGAUAGGACUCAGAACUACUGGCUGGUUGGCGUUCAUCGGGCCUUUACGGAGUUAGAGAAGCAAGGACGCAUGGCUUGAGGAUAAAAAUCAUCUUGUUCAGCAGACGAAAUGAAAUGAAGUGAACAGGAAAUGUUGCGGCUGGAAAAAUGCCGAAGAGUCGCGAACUUGGUUCUGCGUAGACCUACUAGUUUGAAUCAUUUAUUUAUUGAUGCUGGAAUCAUACUAGUUAUGAUACUAUAUUAACACACAUGAUUCAAAGUGCUUUUUCGAGGCUUGGAACAUUCCAAGGACCGACGAGCCCCACACGCGUAUGCAGCAACCCUAAACCCUCGCUGUUAGUGUUGUCCUCCAACGCCUUUUUUUGAAAUAAAGUUCAGAUUUUUGAGUAGACGUACCACGAGAAUGCUCAAGAGGUGCGUCUCUCUGAUCGAGACCGAGUCUGAUUCAUGGGCAUCGACGGAGCACGUGACCAGUGGGGCUUGUUGAUGAAAAGAUUACACCUAGUAGACAACAUUCUAGAUGUGGAAGCAGGCGAAGGAGGCUGACUAGAAGACUCCGGCAGUGUAAUGCUGGGAUCAAUGUCCGUCGAUGAGAACUGAUCACAGUUGUACACACAGCAUUGGUCUGGGUCGUCUCAUAUAGUCAUCUACCACGACGUGUCACAUAUAGUGAUGUUGAGAUUAGGUUCACCUCUUCUCCACACGUCCCACCCGUGGUGUAUCAUCCUCAUCUGCCUAGCAGAAAUCCAAAUCUUUCAAGAAAGCCCUAUCUCGUAAGUGAUGGCGACCCUUUUCCCAGCUACGUCAUCUCAAAAACCUCUCUCAAUGGUUUUCGACCUACUUAUGUACAACCACUGAAUUUAAAAAGGAGAAACUGUACUAUAAUUGAUUCAACAAGAAUUAAUCCAAGAAUUUCCCCGAUCUCGUUCGACAUUUGCUAAGAUGUCUGGCAUCAAGAGGCCUGUCCGUGUCACGAGGUAAAAAGGAAUAU